UAGUCUCUCUCACUCUUCCAAUUCCACUCUUUUAAUCUAAUAUAAUACUCCUCUGUCCCUCUUUUCCAGAUGUCUUUCUGGUCUGGUGUCCUCCGCAAUCCCGCCCUCCCAAUUCGCUCCCGUGUAGCCUUCUCUCUCAAUCAAACCGCAAGAUCAUCAUCCCGACCCCACCACCUCCGGCAAGAACAACACCACCGCCCCUAUUCCUCCUCCUCUUCUCCCCAGUCCUCGCAAUCCAACCGCUCCCAAUUCAAAAUCCUUCCGUUCCUAGCAAUCAUCGGUAUUGGCUCUGGAUCCUACAUCUUCCUUGUCAAGUCGCGUACCGGCAUUCACAAACCGAAACCCGACUCUCAAUCUCCUGAUUCCUAAAUUUACCCUAAACCCCCCCCUUUUAAGAAUCUAUCUACUCUCCGACUAAAGAAACAUGGCUGAUACUCAACAUCCCAACCCUCGCUUCUCGACCUCCGAAGUCACGGUUGUUUUCCUCCUCGGUGGUCCUGGAAGUGGCAAAGGCACUCAAUCCGCCAAUCUCGUCCGCGACUACGGUUUUGUCCAUCUGUCGGCGGGUGAUCUGCUACGCGCCGAGCAGAUCCGCGAGGGAAGCCAGUAUGGUGAACUGAUCAAGACUUAUAUCCGGGAGGGCAAGAUUGUUCCGAUGGAGAUUACGGUGGCGUUAUUGUCGAAUGCCAUGGCAGAUGCUUUGAAGAAUGGUGCUGGUGCCGGGGAGGGCAAGAAGGCCCGGUUCCUGGUCGAUGGGUUCCCACGCAAAUUGGAUCAGGCUGUUUUCUUCGAGGAUACAGUCUGUCCGUCGGAGUUGACGCUGUUCUUGGACUGCCCGGAGGAGGUUAUGGAAAAGCGCUUAUUGAAGCGUGGAGAGACCUCCGGCCGUGAUGAUGAUAAUGCCGAAUCUAUUCGGAAGCGUUUCCGCACUUUUGUUGACACCAGUAUGCCUGUUGUGAAGGCCUUUCAGGAACAGGAUAAGGUUGUGUCUGUGUCGGCCACGGGGUCUGUUGAGGAGGUGUAUGCUCGUAUCCAGGAUGGCUUCAAGGCUCGUGGGGUCCAUCAGCAGUGAUCUAUGUCUAUUAUUAUGGGUAUCUGUGUCAGCGAUCUUUAUAUUUUCUUACUUGGGGUGUGGAUAGCGCUUUAUAGAUGGAGUGGUUUCUUUCUUCCUUACAUACAAUGUCUACGUCUUAAAGUACAUUAUAGCCGGUUUAUAUAUAUGAAGAUAUAAUCCCAAUGGUAUAUCAUCUCGUAUAUGCAUGACAUGACUCGUGUCCAUUGAUCGGGCC